GAAAAAUAUUCAAAACUGGCCAAUCGUAAAAACGCUAUCUGCCUUUAGCACUGUAUAUUUAUGGAACUCCCAAAGUGAAAAGGGUUUCCAAAACUUCAGAUAAAUCUUCUCUUCGCUGCCAUAUCGAUCGUGCUAAACAAGCGUAAAUUUUCAAAUACCUGCAACUGGUCGCGUACACUCUGUGUGGUUUGUUGUGCGUUUCGUUCUCUGCAUAUCGAAUUUCUUCAUAUUUUCAGAGGAAUUUCGAGAUAAAAAAGGAGGAGUGACUGAAGAAGGGAUAAGGCAAAGCGCCUUGGCUUUGCGAGAUUAGAUCUGAUGAGUACAAGCAGGGGAAGCGGUGCCGGCAAUGGGGGCGUGGUACAACCCAUUCCGGCUGGGUCGCGGAAGGUGGUCCAGAGCUUGAAGGAGAUAGUUAACUGCCCGGAGGCGGAGAUCUACGCGGCUCUCAAGGAGUGUAAUAUGGACCCCAACGAGGCUGUCAAUCGUCUGCUCGCUCAAGAUCCUUUCCAUGAGGUGAAGAGCAAACGAGAAAAGAAAAAAGAGGGUAAAGAUCAACCUGAGUCUAGGUCUCGUGGUGCUAAUAGUAACUCUAGUCGAGGUAGUAAGUCUGGUGCAGAUCGUCAAUAUGGUCGCGGUUCUUCAGCACAAUAUUAUACUUCUGACUCUUCGUUGCAUGGGAAGACGACAUACAAGAAAGAAAACGGUUCAGGUCCUUAUUCAAGUUCGUUAUCCUCAGUACAUGGUGGGUCAGGGAAUAAUAGAAGCAGAGGACCUCCAGGCCCCAGUGAUGAUGCCUAUGCUGAAAGCAAAGGAUACUUGCUGGGGACAUCUGAUGGAUUGCCACCUGUUUCACAGUCAGCCGCUGGACAUCAGCCUGCCUGGGUAGGUACUACUGGUCACAUGUCCAUGGCUGACAUUGUGAGGAUGGGCAGACCAAACAAGAAAGGAUCAGAUUCUCAUUAUGCAUCUCAUCACAAUAUUCAGGAUCCUUUUGCAAAUGAAUCACUUCAUACAGAUCAUGCUCCUAAACUAAAUCAAUCGGAAGUUCCAUCAUUUCAGCAUGUUUCCACCGGUGAUGAGUGGCCUUCCAUAGAGAAGCCAUCUGCUCCUGAUGUGAUUCCAGUGCAAGAGCAUCCUGUUGACCACGAGCUGCAUCUUGAAGCGUCCGAGGUAUCAUAUGACAAUAUUAAUCACCAAUAUGAGGCUGAGCAGGUUCGAGAAGGGGAAGAUGACAACUUCGAGAGUUCAGAAGGAAAUGAUGUGGGAUCUGUUUCAGGAGGUGCAUCACAGUUGGAGAACGAGUUGUAUAAAGACAUGGGGCAAUACAAAUCUGAUGCUCAUGAUUUCGAACAUCAUGAAGUUGAAGAAGUUGGUGUUUCAGUUACAUCUGUCAAUAGAAACUUGCAACAACUAAGUGUAAACAAGGAUGAUAGAGGGUUUCCAUCUGAGGCAAAUGCACCUUCUGUUGUAAUUCCAGAGCACUUGCAAAUUCAAGCUGCUGAGUGCUCCCACUUGAGCUUUGGUAGUUUUGGUUCUGCAAUGGAGGCUGCAUAUCCUUCUAGGACUGAGACAUCUGUGCUUGAGAAAUCUAACUUGGAAGAGGCACAAAAUGAGACUGAAGAAUCAUCCGGGGGGCAGCUGGAUACAAGACAUUCCGAGUAUUAUGUUGAUGACUCUCUUAGAAAUACUCCUGAUGAUGGUUUGUUGCAUAGAAAUAGUGCUGCUAUGGGUAGCUAUGAUGCAUCUUCCGCUCCUCAGCUGGAAGAGUUGAGACCUGAGAGUGUCGAUAUAGCUCAUGGAAAUCAAUUCCAUUUUCCUUCUUCCAGCUCUGGCUAUACCUUUGACGAUGAACAACGUUUAAAUGCUGCUUUCAAUCAGACAAGUUCCCAGAUGCAGAGUCUAGCUCCAUUUUCAAAUGUUAUGCAUGCAUACACAAACUCACUACCGAGCACUUUGUUGGCCGCAAAUGUUCACCCGACCAGAGAAUCAGAUCUUCAGUACUCACCAUUUUCUUUGACUCAAUCUUUGGCUGCUAAGUAUGGGAACUCUGUCUCCUCAAUUGAUGCUUCUGCAAUCUCUAUGUCCGAGGCUUUGAAGACUGCCGGUUUACAGUCGAGCCAGCCUGCUCCACAAACGCUUUCUGGAAACAACAUUGCCACUGGGCCCCCACUCCCCCAACAACUUGCGGCCGUACAUCCGUUCUCCCAGCCCACUCUUCCCUUGGGCCCGUUUGCCAACAUGAUUGGCUACCCUUUCUUGCCCCAGAGUUACACGUACGUGCCUUCUGCCUUUCAGCAGUCUUUUGCAGGCAAUAGUAACUACCAUCAGUCACUGGCGGCAAUGCUCCCUCAGUUCAAGAAUAGUGCUUCUGUUAGUAGCUUGCCACCUCAGUCUGCAGCUGUUCCCUCUGGAUACAGUGGUUUCGGAAAUAACUCGACCAUUCCUGGGAAUUACUCGAUGAAUCCUGCUGCUGCUGGUGGUGCCCCAUCUGGAACAAGCUUGAGUUAUGAUGAUGUUUUGAGUUCUCAGCAGUACAAAGAUAGUAGUCACUUGCUCUCCCUUCAACAGAAUGAAAACUCGCCAAUGUGGCUUCAUGGAAAUUCAAGAACGAUGCCAGCUGUCCCGGCUAGCACGUACUACAAUUACCAGACACAAAAUCAGCAGCCCGCUGGAUUCAGGCAAGUCCAGCAGCAGUCUCAGAAUUAUGGGUCCCCAAAUUACCCGAACUUCUACCACUCUCAGGCUGGGAUUUCUCUCGAACAGCAGCAGCAGCAGCAAAACCCUAGGGAUGGAUCACUCGGAGGCUCUCAGGGACAUCCUAAACAGUCCCAGAUCUGGCCUAACUACUGA